AUGUUUGGUGAUCGGAAGAAACAUCGAGAAAAGGUAUAUCCUAAGGGAUACACAACCCUUUUAGAAGAGCAGCAAGGUUGGCUUAUCCAUGGCCUCAGAGAGCUAUAUCGAUAUGUGCGGGCUGGAGAUGGCUGGUCUGGAGAACCACUGAGCUGUGGACCCAACGGUCUGCCUCUGGUCCAUGAUAUUCUCUCUCGCCUAGGGUCCUUGAACCAACCUCAAUCUGAAAGCACAACUUCCCAAGAGAGUGGACAAACCUCCAUGCACCAACAAAGUCUACAAGAUCAGAACAACCGACAAAUGCAGCGACCACAUCCCUCAAUUGGUAGUUCUCACAACUGCUCCUCAGCCCCGGCUCUGCCACUUAUUCCAAGCAAUAUCCUAUCACCAACGAGUGAUCAAACACAGAACACUGAAGCUGAGAACAUCCCAUCAUUGAUAUCGAUACAGGAUGAUUUCCCCGAUGUCGGUAGUCUCAAUGUUUCAUCUCAGUUGCAUCCCGGUAUCAAUUUGGAUGGGCAUAUGCCAGACCCUGGGACUCACGCCGGAUUGUUGUAUAAUGAUAUUAACACGAGCAGCCCCAUGCUCCAAUAUCCCACCGAAAGUGACACCGUGGACUUCAAUUUCGAUGUGUUCACUGGCUCAGGGAAUGGCAUUAAUGACUGGGAGAUAUUUUUUAAUCCGUCUACGAAGGGCCAGUUGUCGACUGAGGGUUAUUUGACGCCAUUUUAUGACUCCCAGCCCUUGCCCUUUGAGUAUGCGGCUUAA